UAUCAACAGUACACAAUACUCAAUACAGUAAUAUAAGAAAUGUAGUAUAUUAAAUUAAAAUAUAUAUAAAAACAAUUAUGGUUGCCCUAGAUUUAUCGGUAAUUACUCUAAUCUCAAUUAAUGUUGUGCAAAUGGUGAUAAUCCUAUUAUUACUAUUACCUAUAGUAGAUCUGACCACUCUUUCACGAUCUAUUAGAUUUAUUUUAUAUAACCCACAGCUACAUAAUUUAAUGCGUAUUAUUAUUACCAUGUAUGUAAUUUUUAUUAUUGGAUUUGGAAUUUUAGGUCCUACAAGGACUUUAAAUAAUUUAAAAUAUUCACGAUUAUUGAAAAAGAACGAAACUUCCAAGGAAAAAUUAAUACGAAUUAUAGACUCAACAAAUGCUACUAGGAACUCUUUACUUGCUGGAUUUUCACUAUUUUUUACAGUAGUUGCAUUAAGGUUAUUCGACUACGUUAAAUUUUCAGCAAAACUAUAUGAAUUUUCUAAUUUAAUGGGAAAUUAUGAUUUAGUUGACGUGACUGUUACAACUGAGAUAGAAAGAGAGACCGAAUCGUUUAUUAUAGACCAAUCUAUUGAAGAAGAUGAGGAUAAUGAAGAAGUAGACAAUCAUAUACGAUGGCCAUCUAUUGCUAACCUUAAUAAGAUAGAACAUAAGCAUAUUAAAACCUUCCUUAAAGAAAAGACACGAGGAACCGAUAAAGAAGAUAAAAAUAUUACUACUCAAAAAACAGUUGAUGCUGAUGAAACUGGAGUAAACAAACCAAGUCAAGAUAAUUCUGAAUAAAGUAAAAAAUAUUAAUAAUCAUAAUACAAGAUUUACCAAAACAUUAUACGUAUUUAUAAACAAAAUAAUAUUUCAACAUCAUGAUUAAUAUAUUCAGCGCCAUUUUGGGAAUAAUUUUGUUUUCAGAAUUGCUUUUUGUAAUAGCACUACUGAAGCCCGUCAAAGAACCCUACUAUAUAAGAGAUUUAUGGUGCUAUUUGCAGGAUAGAACCAACUAUCACUCGAAAAUAUUAGGGGCAGUUGUAUUCGGACUCUUCUUAAAUACUUUUAUGGAAAUAUCAUGGGAGAAAAAAUAUUAUGGAAAUCUUCUAAGGAAAGUGGACGAUACGCCUUUGAUUUUAGAAUUUUAUUUGAGCAAGAUGUCAAUAUGCUAUAUAUGCUUCUUCGUAGCUCUAUAUCUAUUACUGUUGAUUGAAAGGCUAGCUCAGUUUCUGAUCAUGAUCGCUAGAUUACUUGAAUUCGAGCUGAUGUGCAGACAUGCAAUAUUAACUAGAGAAUGUGCAACACAAUCAUCCAAUACGACAGUAGUGUAAAAUCUGUAUGAGCUGACGC